AUGCACUCUGGUUUCACAUUGGUAAAUUUCAGGGAUGAAGUUACUCGGGACCUAAUUCUAGAAACGGGAGUCAUACACUUCGACAAGAAGCCUGUUGUCCUUCGUCCUUGGACACCAGACAUGGAUUCUGUGAGAAUGGUGAAGUCUGUCCCGGUGUGGAUUCGAAUGAAUGGUCUGGGUUUGCAAUAUUGGGGAAAAAAUAGUCUUAGUGCUCUAGUGAGUACAAUUGGCAAACCAAUUAUGGUGGACAAGGUGACCCAGAGUAGAGAGAUGGUGAAAUAUGCUCGGGUUUUGGUGGAUAUGGAGAUUUCGGAUCACCCUCCUAACAGUAUUGCUUUGAUCAAUGAACGGGGGCAGUUAGUGGAACAAUCGGUUGAGUAUGAAUGGCUCCCUUCUAAAUGUACAGCUUGUACUCAGUUAGGGCAUAUAGUGGCCAAUUGUAACAAGGAAAAAGGAGUGGUUUGGCGAAAGAAAAUCUCUGUUGAGAAAGGAGAGAAGUCAGAUCAGGAAAUUAAUGGUUCUGAGACAGUUCACGAGCAUCAAUCUGAGGUUUCCAUACCAGAAAACAUAGUGCAAACUUCUACUAUUAUUGAUGCAGAAGAGCGGGGUAAAAGCAUAUCUAAGGACUAUGAGUCAAUGGAGAGAACUGAUCAGGGUAUUCACAUAUCAUCUCAGCUAGUUGGAACAGACAGAGUUGACAGUGCUGGCAAUUGGAUUACUCCCAAAAGGAGAGGGUCACGGGCAAGGGCUGCUCCUAACAAGACAGUAACAACUCCUAACAAGGUAGUAGCAGCUCCAUUUAAGACUAAUGAAAGAAAUGGCUAUGCGGUUUUACUUGAGUCCGGGGGUGGACAAGUGGUCACUAAUUCUAACCCAACUACUUGA